AUGAUAGAGGAAAGCCAGGAAAUAAUUUCUAAAGUUCCUGCCGGUGUGUCAGGAACGGCGCUAGCAGCUUCACUCUUACGUGAUGGAUGGAGUGUGAAUUUCAGUCUCAGUAUAUUAGUCCCGUUUAUCACCGUCUCAACUCUGCUGCUGGCCAAAAUUUAUGAGAAGUAUCAAGAGGCUGUUGAUGCCUUGAGGCAUGAGCAAUUAGGUCGACAGGAAGCUGAGUCGAUACUACAACGGGUAUGA